CCUGUGGAUGCAGAUGGGGGAAGAACUAGAAAAAGAGGCUUCUUCUCAACCACAAGUCGUCACAGUGACACCAAACACUUCAUUCAGGGCGUCAUUUAACAGUUCCUGUACAUCAGACAAACUGAUCUCAUUGGAACCGUCGUCCCCCAAGUACUCCCCAGCCAUUGAUGAAAACUGGCCACCGUCCUUGAAUCAGGAUGGAAACUGGUUACCGGCUCCUGUGAUUGACCAGGAAACUGGAGAAAAGUCUUUCAGCGAUGUAGAGGACUCGAUUCUAACCACGUUCAGACGGAAAAAUCCUACAAAGUUUAAAGCGCUGGAGAAGAAGAUGAGGACACCUCUUAAAGAAAAUGUUCAAGAACAAUUCAACCUCUUACGAAACAUACAUAGGAGGAUAGCGGAGGACAUUGAGCAAAGUUCCAUCAUAAUAAAUUACUUGGAAGAUAAGUGUUCCACAGAACCCGCCAAAAAACGUGCAAAGUUAACUACUUUGUAACUGGUGUCUUUAAAAUUUCAACCUCUUUUGAAACAUGUACACAUGAGGAUAUCGGAGGACAUUGAGCAAAGCUCCAUCAUAAUAAAUUACUUGGAAGAUAAGUGUUCCACAGAACGUGCAAAGUCAGAAACUUUAUAACCGGUG